AUGUGGCGCCGGCUGCAAACACUUCUCCAAAGGAAAUUUAAGAUUGGCCUCCUCUUUCUCCUGCUCUUGGCCCUCCUGGUGCAUCUGGUGAUGGAUCUGGCUCUCCCCACAGACGUCAGGCCCUGCAGCUGCAAUGCAAAAGCCUCUGGGGUUUCAUCAGGCAGCCCUGUGCUGGCCAGCCCCAAAAAACUAAGCCUGCGAAUCCUUCAGGAUUUCAGUGGCAGCAACGGCUCUUUGGAGAAAAGCUCCCAGCCACAGGGAGCAGGGCUGCAUGCAAGGGCUAGAGAGCUGGGCAUCCAGCACCAGCACGGAGAGGGGAAUGCAGGACUGACCGAGGGAUCAAAGCUGGCAAGGCUCUUCCAGCAUCCUCUUUACAACAUUCCGAUCCCGGAGGUGACAGAGAAAGACAAGCUGUUUGUUGUCAACCCCAUGGAGAAGUUCAGCCUGCACAGCAGUGGGAGUGAUGAAUGGGUCAGCAGCAGUAAAGGCGAGACGGUCCUCCCGACAGGGAAGACAGCCUAUGACACCUACCCUGCCUGGCUCAAAUUCCACAUCGGCAUCAACCGCUACGAGCUGUACCCCCGCCAGGACCCACUAAUGCCCAUCCUUCUCCAGGACUUGGCCACGCAGAGGAUCGUUAGCUCGGUCCAGAAGUCCGGCGGGACCCAGCUCAAGCUCAUCAUGACAUUCCCGAAUUAUGGGCAGGCCCUCUUCAAGCCCAUGAAGCAGACCCGGGACCAGGAGACUCCCAUUGACUUCUUUUACUUCUCAGACUUUGAGAGACACAAUGCAGAGAUUGCAGCCUUCCACCUGGACAGGAUCCUGGAUUUCCGGCGAAUCCCCCCAGUUUCUGGCCGUUUGGUCAAUAUAACAAAGGAGAUUCGUGAUAUCACCACGGACAAGAAACUGGCCAAGACUUUCUUCAUCUCCCCAGCGGGAAACGUCUGCUUCUACGGAGAGUGCUCCUACUACUGCUCCACCGAGCACGCCCUCUGCGGGAAGCCAGACGGGCUGGAGGGCUCCAUGGCUGCCCUGCUGCCAGACAAGACCUUGGCCAAGCGCCGCUCCUGGCGCAGCCCCUGGCGCCGCUCCUACCACAAGAGCAAGAAGGCUGAGUGGGAGCUAAACCCCAACUACUGUGCUCAGGUGCGAAAGACACCACCCUACGACAGGGGCCAUCGCCUCCUCGACCUCAUAGACAUGACAGUCCUUGAUUUCCUUAUGGGCAACAUGGACCGGCAUCACUAUGAGACCUUUGAGAAAUUUGGGAAUGACACUUUUCUGCUCCACCUCGACAACGGUCGUGGAUUUGGCAGGCACUCACGCGAUGAGCCAUCCAUCCUGGCUCCCCUCCAGCAGUGCUGCAGCAUCAAGAAGUCCACCUACCUGCGGCUGCAGCUGCUGGCCACCCAGCCCUACCGCCUGAGCGACCUGCUGCGGGAGGCACUGGCCACCGACCCCCUGGCCCCGAUCCUGGCCGAGCCCCACCUGCGGGCGCUGGACCGGCGCCUGGGGAAGGUGCUGGCGGUGGUGGGAAACUGUCUGGCCAGGGCCACCCGCCCGGACGAGGUGCUGGUGCAUGACUUGGGCUCGCGGGUGUGAUGGGGGUG